AUGCUGAUAUGUGCUGACAGCGCGGUCGACACGUACGGGCAUCCGCGCCCGAACUACAUGACACAGAGCUACGUGGACACUGACGUGGGAGCCAACUUCAUGACCGCCCCAGCCGGAGGACGCACCCGCUACGUCUGGCUCAAGGACACCACACCGCCGACGCUUAUUUACGUGACCUCCGAGGCCAUCACAGACAGCAAGCUGCAGAUCACGCUUCAGCUGGACGAGCCCGGAACCGUGUGGUGCCAACCGGUUCUGCCUGCAGCCGAUGCCAAUCUGGACGUUUUGGAUGUGGACGCUGGAAACUACAUUACGAAGAUCAGGGGGGCGAACACGCCUUUCAUGGAGUACGUCCACCAGCCCUAUCGGAACGUGGAUGUAGAGGUGGACUAUGUCGACGACGAUGCUGGAACCGCUUCCUCCCUGCUCCUCAGCGAGUCGCCAUACAACGUCUUCUGCUUCGCAGAAGAUGACUGGAAAUUGGAGACUCAAAACUCAGGUGUCCUGGAGAUUGUGGCUGAAGCAGCAUGCCAUAGUUUUUCACUGUCCCUUCCUGACCGACACCCUUUUGUGGCCGCCGCCCUGAUGCUUGGAGGUGCUUCAGCUGUCCUCUGUUGUGCCAUGAGCCAGCGCGUUGCAGCUCUGCUUCGGCGCGUGGCCGACUGCGGCGAUGGUGCCGCUGCCAUGAAGAGGACGAGGCCUUUGCGCGUGGCCGGCGAGGCUUUGGGUGCCGUGCUGCCGGCAGCGGCCGCCGAGCUCAGCCGCUUCCCUGAGGUCUUCAGCGUCACGGAAGAUGCCGUGGAUGUCGUGGCAGGUGACUCCGUGCCGUCGCGUUCCAAGGCGGUGGCCCAAGUGCUGCAGCGGCUCCGUGAGGAGGACACGGUUCCCAUGUUGCGAGGCUGGAGGGACGAAGAAUGGCCCGUGAAGGCCUCUUUCCAUGCGGCCCCAGCAUUGGUGGUGGAGAGAGCCGCUGGGCCUCUUCUGGGUGUGCGAGGCUUCGGGUGCCACGUCAAUGGCACUGUGGAAUCAUCAAAGGGCCCAUUGCUUUGGGUUGCCACACGGUCACGGACAAAGCCAACAUAUCCGGGCCGUCUGGACCAUGUCGUAGCAGGAGGAUUGUCGCACGGCGAGCUGCCUGGAGACAACGUGAUCCGGGAGUGCUUCGAGGAGGCGCGCGUGCCAAAGGAGCUCGCGCAAACCGCGCAGCCGACUGGCGUCGUCUCUUAUUGUCAAGUUGAUGAGACAGGAUGGGGCGUCAAAACAGAUGUGAUCUUCUGCUACGAUCUGACCCUCCCUGAGGACUUCCAGCCCACAGCCGGUGAUGGGGAGGUAGAAGGCUUCGAGCUAAUGGGCAUGGAUGCAGUCAUUGACUCGCUCGUGUCAUCCUCCGAGCCGGACUGGAAGCCGAACGUCGCCGUUGUUAUCAUUGACAUGCUUGUGCGCCGUGGAUUCGUUCGACCCGAAGAGGAGGGCUAUGUGGAGCUCGUGCAUGUCUACUGCUAUGCCUCGGAUGAUCUGUGCCUGGGAUGCCGGGUCACGAAUGGUGUCUCCUUCAGUGCAGUAGUCGCCACGAAGGACUCCAUCCGUACCAAGGACUACACCAAUCCGAACAUGAGGUACGUCGCAGCGGAGUCCAUCGCAAGCGACCGGAUCCUCAUCACUCUGCAGGUGGAUGAAGGUGCAAUGGUUUGGUGCGCCGCCUGGAGCACCGAUCCGGCUUUCACCGACUCCUUGGAUGCGGAGACGAAGAUCAAGAACGAAGAUGCCAACUGCCAGGAUGGACGAGGCAAUCAGUGCGGCACGUUCUGGGUGUACGACCUGGAUGACAUUGAGGAUGCGGAUGCGGAUGGUGUUAAUUCCCGAGCGGACUACGAUGACAUCUACAAGUGGAAGUUCAAUCAGGAUGUGGACAUCAUUGUUUCUGGCCUCCAGGAGGAGACGGAUUAUCCCUUCAUCUACUGCUUUGCAGAAGAUGACGAGGUGCCUCCGAACGGGCCGAACAAAAUGAUCUUCGACGGCUCCGGUAGCGGUCCCGACAACAUGCAUUCCAUGCAGCAGGCAAUUGGCACCGUGCAAACCUUGGACGAGUCCCCGCCAAUCUUCACGAGGUUGCAGAUUCCAGACCCAACAGCCGUCAACAAUCAGAUCGUGGUUACGUUCAAGCUCAACGAGGCGGGCACUGCGUACUGCCGGGCCAAAAGGAGCGACUCGGCCGAACCAACGUUGCAUAUCAAUCAGAUCCUUUCCGCAGACUUCUCCCAGGAAAUCCUCGAUCCCGUUAAUGAUGUGGGAACGAUCACGAUCACCAGUCUGGAGGCACGCGAUCCCUCCAGUGUGCUAUACGAAGCCUCCCAGUACGACGUGUACUGCUGGGCCAAAGACAGCGCUGUGGACACGCAUGGCUUCGCGCGGCCCAACUACAUGUCCCAGAGCACCGUGGAGACGCCCGUGGGAGCCGAUGUGAACAACCCGUCUGGAGGGCUCACGGAGAAUGUCUGGAUCACAGAUACUACGCCGCCGACCAUCAUCGUGGUAUCUCGCGAGGCUUUGGGCGAGUCACACAUCCAGGUUACCUUGCAGCUCAACGAGCCUGGCACUGUGUGGUGCCAAGUGGCAGAUCAGGACGGCUCCCCGACCAUGACAAGAUAUUGCCAGAACAGCGCGAUCGAAUUCCUGACGACCUCGGACCCAUGCUACUACGAAACAUGGAUUCAAGGUGUCAAUCGUGGGGGUGCCGACUCUACCGUUUUCAUGGAGGAGGUGCAUGUUCCGUACCAGGACUUCGACAUUGACAUGACCCGCAUUGAGAAGGUCACAGCCACUGUCGCUGGGGAGGCCAUGGUGGGCAAUUACUUCUACUAUGUCUGGUGUUUCGCCCAAGAUGACUGGGUGAACCAGGCUCCGACGCCCUCCCCUUCGCCAUCCUUCAUAGCGCCUGUGAAUCCCAACAAGGUCCAGCAGGCCCACAUGACUGCAGUGAACUUGGCCAUCGGGCAGGUGACAACACUCGACCAGACACCACCUACAUUCACAGGAACUCCAGUGAGCGCAGCGCUGUCCGAAACGUCAUUGCAGAUCACGCUCGGCUUGGACGAAGCAGGCACCAUCUGGUGUAUGCCUGUGCGGUCAACCUUUGCCGAGCCAAGCAUAAACGAGAUCCUCCAGAACAACGAAUACGACGUCGACUGCUUCAGCAGCGCUUGCACGGUCACCAUGGCGAAUCUCGACGCCAAGACCCUGUACGACAUUUGGUGCUACGCCGAGGAUGACAAUGUAUACCCGCAAAUUCCCAACGGCCAGAAGUUCGUCGCUGGUGACGUGGUGACGCUGAGCACUCAGGACACAACACCGCCAGUUCUGACCAUCGUCUCGGCCGAGUCGCCUAUCAGCUCGGAUAUCCGGAUCAAGGUCAAGAUGGACGAGCCAGGAACAGUGUACUGCAACUCCUUCCAAUCGUCAACAGCCUAUGGCACACCAACCUUUGCAUCUGUUGCUGGUGGCGGAUUUCAGUCGUACGUUGGCUUCCCAUUGCUGUCGCCGAACAGUCCAGUGAACACCAACGUGGAGGUUGUUGUCUCUGGCCUGAAUGAGCUGACACUCUACGACACGUACUGUGCAGCGGUUGACGCUUCCACCCUUCCGACGGUAAACGAGAUGACCCAGGCUUCGAUUCUGAACACCUUCCCAGCCAUAGGCCAGCUCACGACCCUGGAUCAAUCGCCUCCUGUCUUCACCGAGCUCGGUGCGAAGGGCACCACGGAGACCAACAUCCAGGUUACAUUCAAAUGCAACGAGGCCUGCAGGGCUUACUGCCGUGUCACUCGAAGCGACUCCGGCGAGACGAGCCUCAGCGUCAACCGCAUCCUCAAGGCAGACUACUAUGCGGACCAGACAGGAGGGGCAGGAUCGUCUGCCACGAUCGACCUGGCGCGCUUGGAGAACGAUGUCAGCUUGGACCUGCUUGACCGGGGCACUCUGUACGACGUUUACUGUUGGAGCCGCGACGAAGCUGUGCAGUACUCCUGCUAUGCACAGGCGCCGAGUGCCUCCUGUACGACCUACCCCAGGAACAACUACCAGGACCAAACCUAUGUCGACACCGCCUUCGGUGGGACGCCGCCGGCGACGGUCACCAACGGAGCCGGCCUGCCAGGAGGGAAGAUCCUGCAUGUCAGAACUCCAGACACAACGCCGCCCACCAUCACUUUCGUGGAAGCGGAGUCAACGGAAGAGUCCUCCAUCACCGUUACGCUUCAGCUGGAUGAGCCAGGGACAGCGUACUGCAAAGCCUACACCACCACGCAGACGGUGGAUGCCGCACUUUACACCGCACUUAUCACUGCACCCGUCUACAAGAACACCGUCACAAACUGGAACAACAUUUACAAGAACUUCGACAUCAAGGUCUCUGGCCUCACCAUGGAAACCAAGUACUUCGUCUACUGCGCGGCAGAAGACGACGAGCUCGUGGAGGGUGCCACCACCAUCGACCCAGCCCCCGUUUCGAACAACGAAGCCUUGCCGGUGCUCGUUGAAGCGACAGGCCGCUUCACGUUGGAUUUGACGCCACCGAUCAUCACCGUCGUCUCAAUCGCCUCCAACAGCGAAACGACGGCGACCGUGACGUUGCAACUGGACGAGCCUGGAACAGCUUGGUGUACAGCUGUCCGGGACCAGUUCACACCACCAAGCAUCAACCAGAUCAUCGCGGCAAGCUUCUCUUCGACAGUCCUCACGGCAGCCACGGACUUCACGGUCCAGGUUCAGAAUCUCAUCCGCGACACCGAGGCCCAUGAAAAGGAUCUUGAAGGAGUACUCUGCGCAAUAGAGGUGUCAGCUGUUUCGACGAUGGCCAUGGCAGCACAUCCGGCGAAGAAAGCCAAGAUGGAGAACGGUGCAGCAGGCAUCGGCCCCAUGGUCACGGGAGGAAAUCCGGCCCAGGAAAGGGGGGUUUCCUGGGACCGGGAUAGCAUGCCCUUCUUCUCCAUGGGUGCAGGCGUAUUCUUGCGAGGGAACAUGAGGGAACUGCGCACCAGCACGUCGCAGGCACCCUACGAGUGCCGAUGGCGAUGCACGCCGCUCACCGACAGUAGGUUAGAGCUCAACCUGUGCCCAGACACAAAGACGGAGGUUCUGCGCGAGAGAACGGAAAUCGGCAGGGAUGCGGUGAUCUUCCUUCAAGGAGGCAAAGAGGCCAGCGUCUACGACACGGACACCAACUGGGAUUUCAAGCAGGAGAGCAACUUCCAGUACCUCUUCGGAGUCAAGGAGCCCGACUGCUUUGCCGCUUUGCGCGUUCGCGACGCGCAUGCGGUGCUCUUUAUCCCCAGGCUUGACAAGGGGAGUGCGGGUCUACGAGUUCUAAGUACAAAGUUUGGCAGGAUGGACAAAAUCUACCAGGCCUGGUGUGGUCCCAUCAAGCCGCCGGCCUGGUUCCAGAAAGCCUACAGCAUCGACGAGGACUCCGGUCUCCAACUGGAAGAGCCGACUUUCGAUGGCAAGGACUCAUCAGCUCGCAAGAAGUACAGGAUACGUUUCAACUCAACAGCACAGGCGAAAGUUGAUGCAGUGAAGGACGAAGAGGAGCUAAAGCUGCUCCAGUGGACGAACGAUGUGUCCUCGGAGGCACACGUUGAGACCAUGCGGGCGGUGAAGGGCGGUCAACGGGAGCACUUGGCAGAGGCCACCUUCAAGUACAAGGCGGCCUUGCGCGGCUGCUUCCGCGUGGGCUACAGCUGCAUCUGUGGCUCUGGCAGGCGGAAUGCUAUCCUCCACUACGGCCACGCGGCCGAGCCAAACUCUGAGCUUGUGGAGCCAGGGUCCCUAAGACUGCUUGACAUGGGGGCAGAAUACCACGGGUACACUGCCGAUGUAACCUGCUCCUGGCCAGUGAGUGGACGGUUCAGCGGACCACAGCGCGUGGUCUACGAGGCAGUGUGGGAAACCGUCUUGGCCGUGGAGCGCGCAUUGAAACCCGGUGUUUCCUACAAGGAGAUGCACCGGCUUGCGCAACGAACGCUGCUAGAGCGAAUGUCGGCGGCUGGGCUUUUUGUUGGCCAAGUCGAGGAAAUGAUGGCUGAAGGCCUCAUGUUCCACUUCAUGCCGCAUGGUCUGGGUCACCAACUGGGACUAGAUGUCCACGACGUGGGCGGCUACCCGCCUGGUGUGGUGCGGAAGGACGAUCCCAGCAUCAAGGAGAAUCUGAGAUUAGGCAGGGAGUUGAAGGAGAACAUGGUGAUCACAGUGGAGCCUGGCUUCUACUUUAUUGAUUACCUCAUUGAGGAAGCCCUGGCAGAUCCCAAGAAGGGAUGCUUCAUCAACCAGGAGAAGCUCCACCAGUUCUGGGCAGAUGUCGGCGGGGUGCGGAUAGAGGACAACGUCGUGAUCACGAGCAAUGGCUGCCGCGUUCUCACCUGCGUUCCCCGCACCGUGGAGGAGAUCGAGGCCGUGAUGGCGGGCGGAGCCUGGCAGGCGCUCCGGUCAGCGCUUCCUCCUGCCGCUCCUACAUCGCUGCUUCGAAGAUGUGAGGGCCUGCACGGCCCGAGGUACGACGUGUACUGUCACGCUCGUGAUCGGGGCACGGAGGUCGACGUGGGGCUUUCUGCAGGAAACCCUGGAAACGAUGUGGAUUCGGCACAUGUCCUCACGACCAAGCGCGACAUCCACACCAUGGGCGACUCCACACCACCCUCCGUGGUGUCGGUAUCUCCUGCACACCAGCAGACCGGGGUACUCAGCAAGCCGACUUUCACGAUUGUCUUCGACGAGGACAUCCAGGCCGGCAGUGGCAAUGUCGUGUUCACGCCGCAGACGGGGAGCCCCAUCUCCAUGGACAUCUCGAAUGUCAACACCGGAACAUGUGCGCCUGCGAAGCUCAGCAUCGUGCUCACGACUUUCACGGUGGAUUGGUCCUCCUGCGGUGCUUCAAGCCCGCUGUCCACCUCAAUGAACUGGUACGUGUCUUUCGUGGCGGGUGUCCUGACGGACGCCUCCCCAGCGACCAACCUCGUGCCUGCCUUCGGAGCCAGCAACUCGUACUACUUCACCACGGCCUAA